UCUCUCUCUCUCUCUCUGAUGUCUCAUGGCUAAUAGUAAAUUAAAGUCCAAACAACUCAGUGAAGAAUCAAGGGAAACCACUAUCCAGUAUAGAGAGUGUAGACGUAACCAUGCAGUCUUGAUUGGCGGCUAUGCAGCAGAUGGGUGUGGAGAGUUCACACCAAAAGGUGAUCAAGGUACUAAAGAAGCUCUUCUUUGCGAGGCCUGUGAUUGUCACAGAAAUUUUCAUCGAAAAGAGUUCAUCAAGAAUGGUACAGCUCUUCUUGGUAGCCAACAUUUUCCUCCUCCACAUGGACUAUACUAUCCUAUGUGGAGAGAGGGAAAUGCUCCUGGGUUUUAUCCAUUACCUCCACUUUCUUCACAGCCUCAACUUUCUCCUUAUUGUCAUUGUCACUGGCAGCAGAAUGUGCAGAACCUGGUCUGUGAUGAAGAGUCGGUGACAUGUAAUGGAAGCCAGAAUGAUGGGCAGAUGAAGGCAGGGAAAAGACAUAAAAGGAAACUCUUAUAAAUGCCAAACAAGAAAAGAGCGGCCAUUAUUAUCACCACCGCUAAAUUGUCCCUCUAUCUAGCGUAGAGUCUUUGGACCAACAUGGGGCCUUGCCCUUUUGUUGAAAUGUCAACGGUCGUUCCCUUGCAGGUAAUUGUGCUCAAGUUAUAUUUGUCUCUUUUUUUUUAUUGGGUUUUGUUGAAGCACA